ACUCAUUUAUUAUUGCCAUGGUUACUGUUUACUCUGUGCUUCAUGCGAGCGAGGCUUUCAUUGCACCGGAAUGUAUGUUAACUUCAUCAACCACGAUCAUAUUUGAAGACCGGACAGACUUGAUGGGCAGAAUGGCCUCCGUCUGCCCCCUAUUGUCUUAUUUAUUUAACCGUCCUAAAAAUAAGUACAUUACAGGUCAGCGUCACUCACCUCAACAGCACAAAAAUAAAAUAAAACUCUAGCCUCAACCACCCAAAAACCCCAGACAACAGCAACAUCAAUAAUGCAAAAGAUAGCACACUUCCAUCAGCACAAAGAAAAGUUGGUGGGGAAAAGUGUGGCGGUGUUCUGAAGUUGUGCAAUUCCUCUUUAACAUAGAAUGAAUCCCAAAGUAGUUUCAACAAGCAGUGUAAAGGACUGGAUUUUAAAUCUCGUAGCCGCACCACAAGCUAUCAACCCGCCCGCAAUUGUCCGCUCUGAAGUUACUCUCCGUCUCCUCGUCUGUCACCGGAUGUCUUCUGGGGGCGAGUUGAAAGUUCGUCAUGGUUUCUCACUAUCAGGUGACGGUGAAAACCGUCGAGGCAGUCUGGUGACCCAGCCGCCGCUGUCAGAGCUGCGGUAAGAUGAGCGAGUGUGCCGGGGAGGCGGAGGACAGCGAAUGCGGCUCCAUCGGACUCGAGUUCGCCUACGGAGGAGACGCCGAGUGCGGUGGCGAGGAAGGAGCUCUGGAGAACGGAACUUCGCCUGAUGAAGUUUUGAACUUCAAUGAUGACUACUGCAUGGAGGUCAAACCUAGGAUCCUCCUCAUGGGAUUGAGAAGAAGUGGCAAAUCUUCCAUUCAGAAAGUGGUCUUUCACAAAAUGUCACCUAACGAGACACUCUUCUUAGAAAGUACCAACAAAAUCUGCCGUGAUGAUAUCUCCAAUAGCUCUUUUGUCAGUUUUCAAAUCUGGGAUUUCCCUGGGCAGAUUGACUUCUUUGACCCAACUUUUGAUUAUGAGAUGAUCUUCCGAGGAACAGGGGCCUUGAUAUUUGUGAUUGACUCACAGGAUGAUUAUAUGGAAGCCUUGGCCAGACUGCAUCUUACUGUAUCCAGGGCAUACAAAGUGAACAAAGAGAUCAAUUUUGAAGUUUUCAUUCAUAAAGUAGAUGGUUUAUCUGAUGACCAUAAGAUAGAAACACAAAGAGAUAUCCAUCAACGAGCAAAUGACGACCUUGCAGAUGCUGGUUUGGAAAAAAUUCAUCUCAGUUUCUAUUUGACAAGUAUUUAUGACCAUUCAAUAUUUGAAGCAUUUAGCAAAGUGGUGCAGAAACUGAUUCCUCAGCUUCCAACCUUAGAGAAUCUAUUAAACAUCUUUAUCUCAAAUUCAGGAAUUGAAAAGGCCUUUCUCUUUGAUGUAGUCAGCAAAAUCUACAUUGCAACAGACAGUAUGCCAGUAGACAUGCAAACUUAUGAACUCUGCUGCGACAUGAUAGAUGUUGUUAUUGAUAUUUCCUGCAUAUAUGGUCUUCGAGAAUUUGGUGGAGGAAGUACGUAUGACAAAGAAUCUGUGGCAAUCAUAAAGCUGAACAACACGACUGUUUUGUAUCUCAAAGAAGUAACAAAAUUUCUUGGUCUAGUUUGUUUUCUUAGAGAAGAAAGUUUUGAACGCAAAGGUUUGAUUGACUACAAUUUUCAUUGUUUCCGCAAAGCUAUUCAUGAGAUUUUUGAGGUACGCACGACCAUGCUGAGGUGCCGCAAGCAGCAUAGAGGGCUGCAGAGAAACAAACUGGUAACUCCCAGUGGCACACCCAGGCAUUUGUCAUAAUGUUUGCCAUCUACACUGUUUCUAGUAGCACGUUCAGUAGCUAAGUAGCUAAACUGUGAUGCCAAUGCACUGACAUGAAUGAAAAUGAUGCUCAGGACAUUAACUCCAAUAGAAAAUGCAAGCACUUUGUAAAAGGUAUAUUUUUCUUUAGCACAUGCUAAAAUCAGUAUUUAUCAUAUUUAACCAUAUAUAUUACAAAUACAUUUCUAAUAGCAAACAAAUGGAAUGGCUAUUUUAUGCUGAGCUGCUGAAAUUGUAGCAGCUUAUUGGAAAAAUAAUUUAAUAUAAUUAAAUAUAUUAUAGCUUUCUUUGUUAACCGACGGGAUGAUAAUUUCACAUAAAAUGACAUAUUACUCUUAAGUCUUCUCUUAGAUUGUCAGUUCUUCAUUUCCUUCUCAUCUUUUCUGUUUCUUUCCCUAAGUAACUCUAUGGUACAUCAGGUUUACAAAACUCUAGCAAUAAAAUAUUUUUAUGAACCUCCCAAAGUUUAACUCUGUCGUCAACCAUUAUAGGAUGCCAUCAUAGAAGACACAACAUCUCAAUCAAUAUUACUAUAUGUACACAUAACAGAGUAGUAUUGUUUGUUGGACAGAAGAAAAGUAUUUUGCAUGGUAUUUUGUAUUAAUGCAUCAACUCAUAAAACAAUAAGGAAAGUGGCCUGCCAAUAUGUAUCUCCUAUACAUAGAAUAAUUGGAAUCACAUUUCUCUUCCAUAUUCCUUUUCUAAAUGCUUGUUCAUGUGUAGCUUCACACUUGCCAGAGAAGUUAAACAAUUUAAAUUGACUUAAUCGUCUUCAAGAUUCUCAGCCUAUCUUGCUCUUUCCUCUGAAUUUUGUUGGUGGAAAAAUGUGAAAAUAUUUUGUGUUUUUGAUGCUUUGUUCUUUAUUUCCCUUCAUCUGAUGUCUCCUUCUCAACACUUUUCUUCCUCCAACAUUUCCAUUCUCUCCCCUUUUACUUUUUUUCAAAGUUUUCUUGCUUUCUUCAUCAGUGUUGGCCUCUGCUUCACACACAUGGCUCUUGUAGAUAAGAUUUCCUGUUGUGUUUUAGUCUCACUUUUCAGGCUUUCAUGUUUGCUUCCUCUCUCCCUUCAGUGGCUUACAUUCUAACAUGGCCUAAUGUUUCUCUCCUGAAAUCCUACUUUGCAGAGUACUGAGAAAGCUUCUCUCUCUUGCUUCAUUUUGUCAUUUAUAUGGAAGUUUGGACUUCUCUCUGACAAAACACUAAGUAUUCAUUUUAAAUCUGAUACUGUGAGAUUUACUUUAAUCAAAGCCAUUAAGGGAAUAAAAAACAAAGUUGGAUGUAUGAAAUAAGAUCAUAAACCAGCCAAGUUGUUGUUGAACGGCAGAGCAGGUACUUGAGCACCUUGCUGAAUUUCAUUUGUAUUCCUGAUUUCUCUCACAUUCUUGCACUUUGCAUUUUUCCUCUCAUUUCAACUUCCCAUUCUCCACAGACAUUUGCUGAUUUUAAACAUGCUAGUCUUUGAACUGUAAGUAGAACAGAGACAUUUGAUUAAAUUAAAAUGGUGAUAUUUAUUUUCCUGACUACAUUGCUGCCGAUAGAUUGGGCAAAUUAUUUGAAAUUGCAGUACUAUAUUUCACAAAGGCUAACAUUGAGAAUAUUAGUAAGGAAAUACUGUUCUAUAUUGUUUGAAAAAUAAAUGUAGAUAAAAUGGCAUGAUAGAGUAUGUUAAAAUUCUAAUGGUUUCAAUUUAUCAAUACUAUUCUGAGAAACAUAUGUUGAAAUUUUUUAAAAUAUACAGCCAUGGAACUCAUACAAAUUCCAUGUACCAGAUCGUUAAUUAGGUUAAAGACAUCAACCUCCUUCAAUGUGAAAUUGUAAAGUUUGAUUGAAGUCAUAAUUGCAAGGCAAGUACACGAAAUACUAA